AUGACGGUGCAUACCAGUCCUCUGUUAUCAGUCAAGUCCAAUCCCAACUCUCCGCAGCCUCCGGGUAUCCCGACCAAAUGUGGAUUCCCGGUGAAAGCGUGCAUCCAGGCGGGCCUGGUGAUCAUCAUGGUGGUCACCUUGAUCUACAUGUUCUUGGUUCGGCAUUACUCCAAAAGUAUUUUCAGGAUACAAAGUAACGACGAGUUUCGAGAGUAAGUUGCAUUACUUUUUAAAAUUUACUUUCAUCUUUCCUACUCAAAAUUCAUUUUGAUUAUAAUUGUUUCCCUUUUUGAUCGCAGUUUAAAUUUAUACCAACUACUAACUUUUACAAUUUUUUCAAAUACCACGAUGAAUGUAUGUAAUUAGCCAUAAUAAUUACCGUUUUUGUAUCGUAAUUACUCGUAAUUUGUGGUUCGGAGCUCACUAUUCAAAGUGCGCCAAUUAUCACUUGUUUUUCUAUAGUACAAAAAAUUUGUCACGCAUUUGAGUACUCAAACAUGCAUUAAUUUUCCAAUCUACAGGUUUUUGCAUUACAUUUCUGAGCCUCCAAAGAUUUCGCAACAACUGGACACUUCUGUAAAUCGAGGAUUUUUGGGAUGUUUUGUGGAUGUCGACGGGACCGAGAGCUUUUUACAGGUGAGAUUUGAGACAUAUUAGACACUCAGUGGUUGUAAAAUCCUUAAGAAAAUAAAAUUUUCGCAACUUUCGCCUCUAAAAUCGCUUUCAGCAAGACUACCAGACUCUAAACGACACCUGGCUUCACGAAUGUGACCGUGUUGAGCUGGAUUCGUCCAGAUCCCUCGAUCUGGAAGCGCCUUAUCUCACUUUAUUCAAUCAUUUCGAUCGGAUCUCCAACCCGGGUUUCUGGCGAUUCCUUCAGAUGAUAAAACGGGUAAAUGACCUCAACUUGGAGUGGAAUCUCAUCUCUCGGACCUCCAUCUUCAUCAGUGUUCCCACUUUGCGCGGAGUUUUGUCCAGAUUGGACCCAAGAAAGCCGUAUCUUAUCAGAUUCGAUAGUAAUAAGGUGGGCCUUGGAUUCCAAUCCCUUUUGUCUGCUUUUAUCAGUUUUUUCACUCAAAACGGGGGAUUAAAUUUUGUUGACAAGGAAUUGGUCGACGUCACAAGGCCAAUUGUUAUCCGUAAUUGAAGUUUCCAAUGGUUGUUUACAUUGCAUUGCAAAUAACUGAAUGUCGUAGAAUUUUAAUCUCUGAAAUUCCGUUGGAUAUCUUUGAAAUGGGAUUUUUUAAUGUUACACAAGUGAAUUUCAUUGUAAUAUGUCACAAUUGUAUCUGAAAUCAAAAAUCAUCUUACUAAAUUUGAAAAAAAAACUAAAGUUACAUUUGAAAUUUCAGCUAAACGCCGAGGAAAUCCUUGUCAUCUCUAAUUCCGCAGCGAAACACUUUAUCAAGAAGGGAUAUUUAAAUGAUACUGCAUGCAAAUACGAGUCACACCCUGAUCCAAUAAGCUUGUUAAGCAGGUAUGUUGUCUUACAAGUCAAUAUAUUUCCAUCUUUGACAACAAUUUAUAUUAAGUUUGUCCGAUUCCUCAACUUUUUCUAAAAUUGUACCUUAUUUUAGUUGUAUGCAAACCGUUGGUGUCAAAGUGCUGACCUCCUCGGCGUUGGACUUAACCGUCGUUCCAAUGAGCACAAUCAAUUCCAAGUUUCUUCCCAUGCCCAAAAGAUUGCUCGGUUUCACGGGGAUUACGGAUCGGGAGGCCCGGCUGAUUCGGUAUUUGAACUUUAAACACUCAGUCAUUCUUCGAUGA